GUGGGUGAAGGAAGAGCGGCGCCCCUUCGGACUCAGAACCCCGGAGUCUCCGGAGAGGCUCGUGGGAGGAGCCGAAAGAGCCAGGAACCCGAAGCUCCGCCCCCCUCCGUUUCCGAGGGGCCCAUUUGCGCGGGGAACCCCGGGGCCCCGGUAACGGCCAAAGAGGAGAUGGCGCCAGUCCGGGAGCGGCCGUGGCCGAGCCAGUGAGGAGCGCGCAGGCAGAGCGCCGCCGGAGCAGCCUCGGGACCGGAGCCGCCGCCGCCGCCGCCGCAGCAGCAUGGAAGGCACCAAGCCCACCUUGCAGCUCGUGUACCAGGCGGUGCAGGCGCUGUACCACGACCCCGACCCCAGCGGCAAGGAGCGCGCCUCGUUCUGGCUGGGGGAGCUGCAGCGUUCGGUUCAUGCGUGGGAGAUCUCUGACCAAUUGUUACAGAUUCGUCAGGAUGUGGAAUCAUGCUAUUUUGCUGCCCAGACCAUGAAAAUGAAGAUUCAGACCUCAUUUUAUGAGCUCCCCACAGAUUCUCAUGCCUCUUUACGGGACUCAUUACUAACUCAUAUCCAGAACUUGAAAGACUUGUCACCUGUCAUUGUAACACAGCUGGCUUUAGCAAUAGCAGACCUUGCCCUACAGAUGCCUUCCUGGAAAGGAUGUGUACAAACUUUGGUGGAAAAAUAUAGCAAUGAUGUAACUUCCCUGCCUUUUCUUCUGGAGAUCCUUACAGUGUUACCUGAAGAAGUACAUAGUCGUUCUUUACGUAUUGGAGCUAACCGGCGUACAGAAAUUAUAGAAGACUUGGCCUUCUACUCUAGUACAGUGGUGUCUCUAUUGAUGACCUGUGUAGAAAAAGCAGGAAAUGAUGAGAAAAUGCUUAUGAAGGUCUUUCGCUGUUUGGGAAGUUGGUUUAACUUAGGAGUUUUAGACAGUAACUUUAUGGCUAAUAAUAAGUUACUAGUACUUCUUUUUGAGGUUUUGCAACAGGAUAAAACCUCAUCGAACCUUCAUGAAGCUGCCUCAGAUUGUGUGUGCUCAGCUCUCUAUGCGAUUGAGAAUGUGGAAACGAAUUUGCCAUUAGCCAUGCAACUUUUCCAAGGAGUUCUGACUUUGGAGACUGCCUAUCACAUGGCUGUGGCACGGGAAGAUUUAGAUAAAGUUUUGAAUUACUGUCGUAUUUUCACUGAACUAUGUGAAACUUUUCUUGAAAAAAUCGUUUGUACUCCAGGUCAAGGUCUUGGGGACCUUCGGACUCUGGAACUGCUUCUUAUUUGUGCAGGACAUCCACAAUAUGAGGUAGUGGAAAUUUCCUUUAACUUUUGGUACCGACUAGGGGAACAUUUAUACAAGACUAAUGAUGAAGUUAUUCAUGGUAUCUUCAAAGCUUACAUUCAGAGGCUGCUUCAUGCCUUGGCUCGACAUUGCCAGCUGGAACCAGACCAUGAGGGGGUUCCUGAAGAGACUGAUGACUUUGGGGAAUUUCGGAUGAGAGUAUCAGACUUGGUGAAAGACCUGAUUUUCUUAAUAGGGUCUAUGGAGUGUUUUGCUCAGUUAUAUUCAACUCUGAAAGAAGGCAACCCACCUUGGGAGGUGACAGAAGCAGUACUCUUCAUCAUGGCUGCUAUAGCAAAGAGUGUUGAUCCGGAGAACAAUCCAACACUUGUGGAGGUCCUGGAAGGCGUGGUCCGCCUCCCAGAGAGCGUACACACUGCUGUGCGGUACACCAGCAUCGAGUUGGUUGGUGAGAUGAGUGAAGUAGUUGAUCGGAACCCUCAGUUCCUUGACCCUGUGUUGGGCUAUUUGAUGAAAGGCCUAUGUGAAAAGCCUCUGGGUUCUGCUGCAGCCAAAGCCAUUCAUAAUAUUUGUUCUGUUUGCCGUGAUCACAUGGCUCAACACUUCAGUGGACUCUUGGAGAUUGCCCGUUCCCUUGAUUCCUUCAUGUUGUCUCCAGAAGCUGCUGUAGGCUUGUUAAAAGGAACAGCACUUGUCCUAGCCAGGUUACCUUUGGAUAAAAUUACUGAAUGUCUUAGUGAACUGUGUUCUGUUCAGGUUAUGGCAUUGAAAAAGCUGUUGUCUCAGGAGCCCAGCAAUGGCAUAUCAUCAGACCCCACUGUGUUCUUAGAUCGCCUUGCAGUAAUAUUUAGACACACCAAUCCUGAUGUGGAGAAUGGACAGACUCAUCCAUGCCAAAAAGUAAUACAAGAAAUAUGGCCAGUGUUAUCUGAAACUCUGAAUAAGCACCGGGCUGAUAAUCGAAUUGUGGAACGUUGCUGCAGGUGCCUCCGCUUUGCUGUUCGCUGUGUUGGCAAAGGCUCUGCUGCCCUCCUGCAACCGCUUGUUACACAGAUGGUGAAUGUGUACCACGUACAUCAGCAUUCCUGUUUUCUCUACCUGGGUAGUAUCCUUGUGGAUGAGUAUGGCAUGGAAGAGGGCUGUCGGCAGGGACUACUGGACAUGCUCCAGGCACUUUGCAUCCCCACUUUUCAGCUCUUGGAACAGCAGAAUGGGCUGCAGAAUCACCCAGAUACCGUGGAUGACCUGUUCAGGCUAGCCACCAGGUUUAUUCAGCGUAGCCCUGUCACCUUGCUGAGGAGCCAAGUGGUCAUUCCUAUUUUACAGUGGGCCAUUGCCUCUACUACUGUGGACCACCGGGAUGCCAAUAGUAGUGUCAUGAGAUUCCUACGAGACCUCAUCCACACAGGAGUAGCCAACGAUCAUGAAGAUGACUUUGAAUUACGGAAAGAACUGAUUGGACAGGUGAUGAAUCAGCUUGGACAGCAGCUCGUAAGCCAGCUGCUCCACACGUGCUGCUUCUGCCUCCCCCCCUAUACGUUACCAGAUGUGGCUGAAGUGCUCUGGGAGAUCAUGCAGGUUGACAGGCCGACGUUUUGUCGAUGGUUAGAGAAUUCCUUGAAAGGUUUGCCAAAGGAGACACCGGUGGGAGCUGUGACGGUGACACACAAACAGCUCACAGACUUCCACAAGCAAGUCACUAGUGCUGAGGAAUGUAAACAAGUCUGCUGGGCCUUGCGAGACUUCACCAGGCUGUUUCGAUAGCUCACACUCCUGCACUGUGCCUGUCACCCAGGAAUGUCUUUCUUAAUUAGAAGACAGAAAGAAGACAAAAAAAAACCAUACUGUGUCCCACAAUCAGAAGCCUCCAUUGUGGCAGAGCGGCCCUCACUGCCACCAGGGCAUCCCGCAGAGAGGGAGAGACUCCAGCCUUCCAAGGCCAACCCGAGCACGGAGUUCCUGUUUUGAGGGCGUGGGGAAUCAGUGGGUUGAAAGAAAGAUGGCUGUGGCCUCAGUGUGAUGGGAGGGGAGCUAGUUUCCUGGUGAACUUGUUUCUAAAAGGAAAAAUAAUUUUAAAGAAAUAAAAAAGAAAAAAAGGAAAAUUAAACAAACCAGAACUGACACAUUCGCCUGGUAGCAAAUGGCAUGCACGCAUACCUACACAUGCCUGCCACGCAUGUGCCACUGGUGUGAGCACAAAGGAAGCGAAGCUUUUCAGGAGGAAGUACCUCUUAAGAAGGGAAACGGAAAGUCACAUGCCAAAAUCAAAAGGCCGUCGUGAGUAUCUGUUUGGUCCUUUCUCUCUCUCGCCUUCCCUAGUACCCCGUCCUAUCCCCACCCCAUUCACAUUAAGGACGAGCAGCAUAGAAACUGCUCCCACUCUCCCACCGAGCUCCCCACCUUGAGCGUUGCUCACACAAGGACGAGGAAGAAAGGAGUAGUUCUCCCUCCUGCUUGCUCAGGAGCACACUGGGGCCUGCCUGGGCCAGAACUCAGCCGCAUCUCAGCCUGACCCGAUUCAACCUCUCACCAGCUCCCAACUCAUUGGACCCUCACUGGCCUUGGGGAGAAGAGCCAAACAUUGGGGCAGGGGGGUGGGGUGGAAACGGGAUAUAAAUGUAUAUUCUGUCUUAGGGUUUUUAAAAGAUUUUUAAUGUUUCACCCACAGAUAGAAAAAGAGGGUGACAGUGGGGGGUGUUUACAGUGCUAGCUGUUUUUUUUACUAAAAAAAAUGUGGAAAUUACUUGAUUUCAUGGGGCAUGAGGCAAGUCCACAGCAGAUCUUAAUGUUUGGAAGGAGAUGCCACCCUUGCGGGCAUUAGAUAGAGGGCACCAUUCUGGUUGGUGUUGUAGCCAUCUCCAGAACAAAUCCACAGCAACAAAAAGAAAAAAAUAAAUUUUUAAAAUUAAA